AUGUCUUCUCCCGGAGGAAUGCUCCAGCAAGUCAAGCUUGAAAAGCUUCUGCCAGGUGUAGCAUUGCUGUUCCUCACUGCUUUCUAUUCCCCUGGCUUUCUCUUGACACUUUCUCCGGUUUUUGGCUCUGCGCCUUCCCAUAUCUUUCACGGGUAUGGAGUAGCUGUCAGUGCCGCUGCUGGCUGGUUCUUGAAGGACGUGAUCCAUCGGCUGUCUGGUCGCAGAGCAGUAUAUUUGGUCCCCGUUCUCGCAUUCUGGGUGCCGACCAUCCAGUACUUUAUGUUUCACCAGAGCUCAUCUUUCGGGAAUCCAACUGGCCCGCUAAUUAUUGAUAUAUUUACCUUUUACCCUCUGGUGCUGCUUUCUGUGGCUUGCGCCGGGAAACUAUUGCAGGCGGGCCUGAACAUGAGCCAGCAUGGAGACCUUAUGACAGAGCAUAUUCCCCUACUCGGAUCCUAUAUUAUCUACUCGGCAGGAGAAUAUUUCUCAAAAGUGUUUAUCUCCAAGUUCAUUGGCUUGACCUUCUUUCUGAGCCGUGGCGGCCUUCAAUUACUGAUUGCGAGCUUGUAUUCGGCUACCAUCCCAUCUAAAUGGCUUGUAUUAGCGGUUCCAUCUAUUCUCUUCUCUCUCACGUCUAAUGUGCACAUGCCCUUCGGCCGCACAACUGCCGCUUUGAACUCUGCUAUUCAAGUGGAAGGUUAUGAACUUCUCGCUAGACAGGAUUCUUCCACCGGGUACAUAUCUGUUUUGGAGAACUUGGAAGAUGGCUUCCGAGUGAUGCGGUGUGAUCAUAGUCUUCUUGGUGGUCAAUGGACAAGGAUGCCGCGCAAUUACCAUCCCGAGGUCAAGGACCCCAUCUAUGCUGUGUUUGCUAUGCUCGAAGCCAUCCGUUUGAUCAAAACCGACCACGGCGAGGCGCGCGUGGACGCCAACAGCAAGGCUCUCGUCAUGCACCACCCCGCUGCGUUGAUUACGCACGGCAUCGAGACCACGAUCGUGGAGAUUGAUCCGGUUGUGCAUAAAUUCGCCACGGAAUACUUCCACCUACCUUCCAAUCACAUUGCGGCUAUUGAAGACGCUACAGUGUUUGUGAAGCGUGCCCAGGAGUCCCCAAACCCUGCUCAAUAUGACUACAUUGUCCACGAUGUCUUCACCGGCGGGGCGGAGCCAGUCGAGCUCUUCACAAUCGAAUUCAUCAAGGGUCUAUAUGACCUAUUGAAAGACGAUGGUGUUAUUGCCAUUAACUACGCCGGCGAUAUCUCACUUUACCCAGCCGCACUCACGGUGCGCACAAUCAAGGCAGUCUUCCCGUCGUGCCGAAUCUUCCGCGAAGACGCAGCCGCGGAUGCCAAAUUCGAUUUCACCAACAUGGUGAUCUUUUGCAAGAAGAGCAACACACCCCUUCGCUUCAGGGGUCCAGUCAAAGCCGAUUUUCUGGGAAGCAAGUCUCGUCAACACUACCUUGUGCCCAAGCACGAGGUGGACCCAGCCCAAUUCGAUAAGGUUGAGAAGGGCGGAAGACGUGUUCUGGUUGCAAAGGAAACGGGCCGUCUUCAUAAGUACCAGGAUCGUGGUGCAAUUGCUCAUUGGGAGAUCAUGAGGACAGUCAUGCCGGAUGCGGUCUGGGAGAAUUGGUAA